UAUUUACCGGUGCUGGAUGCGGUUAGCGUAGCUUCUGCUCAACCACCAAGAGCGUCGGCCAGGCAACGCCCCUCCUCGCUCACCGAGUGCACCCCACCACAGGCUUCUCAGGCUGGCACCCACUGGCAUUGAAGCUCAACAUGAGUGCGAAACAUGGUGAACAUCCAAACGACAACUGGGAAGCAAAAUGUCGUACCCGACACGCUCGCUGUCUUCUCACAUGCGAGCACCCAGUGCUGCUGGCUCGUCAGCUCAAUCACCCGCACUGCUCGCCCGUAUUGAGGAGAAGAAGGCUGAGCUCGCGCACUUGAAGGAACUCCAGGAACUCAGCGGAGCAGUCGCGACACAGAUGGAGAACUUGGAGCAGAAGCUUUCGACUCUUUCAGAUGGCACAGAAGCUAUUGCCACCGUUAUGGGUAACUGGCACAAUGUGCUUCGCGCAAUCAACAUGGCAUCAUCCACCAAGAUGCCUGGGCAGACGGGAGUGCCAUCGGACGAGACCACAGAUGAUGCCGCGGUAGCACUGCCUCAGACACUUGUGCGCAUCCCAACUGAACAUGCUCCGGUGGUGCAGGCGCAAGCCGAAGCAUUGGAAGCUGAAGCUGCGGAGGGAGACUCGACUGUGAGCAGGUAGCGCAUGCCCGAGGCUGGAGACUCUCCCAUACGGCAACGAAGCUUCGAGGCUGAAGGAUCCGCACGCUCGAAAGAACAAUCCACGCAUACAGACCAAACAUCAAGCAGUACGUAUCGUCUCUACCCUUGUUGAAACCCGCACCAAAG